GGAGCCGUAGGUAGCUGAGCUCGCCAGGCAGCCUUGGUCUCUGUCUACGAACAGCCCGUGGGGCAGCCUCAAGGGCCGCAGCCAUGAACGGCACAGAGGGCCCCAAUUUUUAUGUGCCCUUCUCCAACAUCACGGGCGUGGUGCGCAGCCCCUUUGAGCAGCCGCAGUACUACCUGGCGGAGCCAUGGCAGUUCUCCAUGCUGGCAGCCUACAUGUUCCUGCUCAUCGUGCUGGGCUUCCCCAUCAACUUCCUCACGCUCUACGUCACCGUACAGCACAAGAAGCUGCGCACACCACUCAACUACAUCCUGCUCAACUUGGCUGUGGCUGACCUCUUCAUGGUCUUCGGAGGAUUCACCACCACCCUCUACACCUCACUGCAUGGCUACUUUGUCUUUGGGCCCACAGGCUGCAACCUUGAGGGCUUCUUUGCCACCCUUGGAGGUGAAAUCGGCCUGUGGUCCCUGGUAGUCCUGGCCAUUGAGCGCUACGUGGUGGUCUGCAAGCCCAUGAGCAACUUCCGCUUUGGGGAGAAUCAUGCCAUUAUGGGUGUGGCCUUCACCUGGGUCAUGGCGUUGGCCUGUGCUGCUCCCCCACUGGUUGGCUGGUCCAGGUACAUCCCCGAGGGCAUGCAGUGUUCAUGUGGGAUUGACUACUAUACACUCAAGCCUGAGGUCAACAAUGAGUCCUUCGUCAUCUACAUGUUCGUGGUCCACUUCACCAUCCCCAUGAUCGUCAUCUUCUUCUGCUACGGGCAGCUGGUCUUCACCGUCAAGGAGGCCGCCGCCCAGCAACAGGAGUCGGCUACCACUCAGAAGGCAGAGAAGGAAGUCACGCGCAUGGUCAUCAUCAUGGUCAUCUUCUUCCUGAUCUGCUGGCUUCCCUAUGCCAGUGUGGCCAUGUACAUCUUUACCCACCAGGGCUCCAACUUCGGCCCCAUCUUCAUGACCCUUCCCGCUUUCUUUGCUAAGACCGCCUCCAUCUACAACCCAAUCAUCUACAUCAUGAUGAACAAGCAGUUCCGGAACUGCAUGCUCACCACGCUCUGCUGCGGCAAGAAUCCACUGGGAGAUGAUGAGGCCUCUGCCACUGCCUCCAAGACGGAGACCAGCCAGGUGGCUCCAGCCUAAGCCUGGCCAGAGACUGUGGCUGACUGUAGGAGUCUCCUGUCCCCACUCACCCCAGCCACAGCCCCCACCAGGAGCAGCACCCGUUGGAAUGAGGUCAUGCAGGCUCCCUCAGUGUUCUUUUCUUUGUUUUUAAUGAAUUCAUGAAAGCAAAAUGAGGCUCCCCACUCAACAGGGACAGCCUGACAAAGGACAUCCAUCCACCAAGACCCCCAGCCUGGAGUCCCCAAUUCCCGGGGGCCAGCGGGAUCUGUACCCCUCCCCUCAGCUUGUGUCUCAGGAACAUGACAAGUGUCCCGGCUUACGGCUAAGUGUCUAGGACAGAAUGGAACACAUAGUAGCUGAUUAAUAAAUGCUACCUGGAUG